AUGCCCAAACCGAGACCUCCGCCCACUCCGACCGGCUCUACAGACCUGGCUGCUGCGGAGGCCAAGGGUUCCCACGCCGCGGACAUGGAAUCCAUGUUUGCCCUACCUCCUCCGGCGAUGCGAAACGAUGCACAUGCGCAAGCUCGGCCUUCCAAAUCGUCCCAAGCCCGAGACUAUUCGGGCACUGCACUCACACAGGCCACGCCCCCCAUCUCGCCCCAGGACAAACCCCUCACUGGCAGUCCUCGACACAAGAGGACCGCGUCCGGUGCAGUCAAAGCCGCCGUUGAGGCCAAAGUGGCCAGCGCCGAUGCUGCAGACUCGUACGCCCUCCCGCCCCCGCCCAGCCGAGCACGCAAGAUCAUACAGAUGAAGCCCAAGGCCCCCCAGACAAGCACCUCGUCCCCGUCCAGUGAUGCCGACUACCUCCCCCCGGGAGCAUCCCAUGCAACAUCGGCGGUUCAAUCGGCGCCUUCUACCAAGGAGUCCGCGACCGGGAGAGGAGCAACGGCAGCGUCGACUGGCGCGUCAACAUCCUCGAAGCGCAAACAACCCUCCGCGACCAGCGCCGCGGGCAGGAAAAUUGCCCGCAAAACCGCCCACAGCAUCAUCGAGCGUCGACGGCGCAGUAAAAUGAAUGAAGAAUUUGGGGUGCUGAAAGACAUGAUCCCAGCGUGCGAGGGUGUGGAAAUGCACAAACUGGCCAUACUGCAGGCCGGGAUUGAGUACGUGAGAUAUCUCGAGGGAUGCGUGGCGCAACUGAAGGCCGAGAACGCGAGGUCCGGCGGCAAGAUGAGACCGUCUGCUGGGUCGCGAAUGCAAGUAGACAACGUCUCAGAUGAGGAUGAGGACUUUGACGACGACGACGACGACGAAGAAGAAGACGACGACGAGCACCAGAUCGAACCUCCUCCGGCCAAGCUACGGAGCAACCGACACAGCACAACGGCUGCAACCGAGUGGUCACUCCGGGAUUCGCGCAAGUCGUCCAUCGCCUCCUUGACUGGUUCUUCGGCCUAUCCGUCUCCGCACAUUCUCUCCCAGUCACAGGGAAGCCAGGCGCAUCAGGGCGUCGGUAUGCUGUCCACGACCCCGACGCCCACUUUGCUCUCCCCCGCGUUCAAUUCCAUUCACUUCUCGCCGGAUCUAUCGCGCACGCAAACAAACAGUAGCGUCGCUAGAUCGAGCACGUCAAAUGUCCCUUCCUUGGCCUCGACGGCGGCGUCGUGGACCACCGUCAACAACCCUCCGUCGGGGUCGAUCUCGAAUCCGUCACCCAGCAUGCAGCCACUCCCGUCCCCGAAAGCCGUGAUGGGGAUUCCGCUGCCUCAGCCGGCCAUGACGAGGCUACAACUGCCGGGGCAAUAUAAUGCGGCCGUUCAAUGGGAGCGGGACGCCGGAAGCAGGAGUCCCGGAGCUGCGAGUAAUGGAUCGGGAACCGCGGAAGCGACGGCCAGUGCGGCGCUGAUGAUGCUGACCAAUGAGUGGCGUGGUGGUGGAGGACGACAGGGAGGACCGGAAGCGGCAGUCGCAGUGGGAGCGGCGCCCGUUUUUGAAGGCGCCGCUGGACAGAGUGAUGUUAGAGAUCGAGGCAAGGGGAUGAGUGUUCGGGACUUGCUGAGUUCCUGA